AUGGUUGCCAAGGUCGAGCCUCUUGUUAGCAUGGGUCAGAUAACUAAAGCUACCUGCCCGAUGAAUCUUUCGCUCGCUGUGGCUCCUGAGUUUGAUGACCUUACCGUUGGUGGUCUGAUAAAUAAUUAUGGAAUUUCAGGGGGCCCUCACAUCUAUGGCCUCUUCUCUGACACGGUUGUCGCGAUGGAGGUUGUUCUUGCAGAUGGUCAGGUUGUGAGAGCUACCCAGGACAAUGAGGACUCUGACCUUUUCUAUGGCAUGCCAUGGUCCCAAGGCACAAUCGGACUCCUCGUUUCAGCUGAGAUCAAACUCAUUCCCAUCAAGGAAUACAUGAGGCUCACAUAUACUCCUGUCAGGGGGACCUUGAAGGAAAUCGCGGAGGCUUAUGCUGAUUCUUUCGUGUCAAGGGAUGGUGACCCUGCAAAGAUCCCUGACUUUGUACAAGGGAUGGUGUACUCAUCCUCAGAGGGUGUGAUGAUGACCGGUGUUUAUGCCUCGGAAGAGGAGGCAAAGAAGAAGGGCAACAAGAUCAACCGUGUAGGCUGUUGGUUUAAGCCCUGGUUCUACCAGUAUGCUGAGACGUUUCUGAAGAGGGGUGAGUUCGUGGAGUACAUUCCUACAAGGGAGUACUACCAUCGCCACACUAGAUCCCCGUAUUGGGAAGGCAAACUGAUCAUACCGUUCGGGGACCAGCUCUGGUUCAGAUCACCCAGGGUGAAGCUAUCAGGAACUACUAACCAUGACAACCACGUGAUCCAAGACGUGCUGGUGCCGCUUCACAAAGUCAGCGACGCUCUUGAGUUUGCUCACCGUGAACUGGAGGUUUACCCAGUGUGGCUGUGCCCGCAUCGGCUGUACAAGCUUCCCGUGAAGACGAUGGUGCACCCGGAACCAGGAUUUGAGCAGCAUCGCAGGAAAGCCCAAAUGUUCACCGACGUCGGCUUCUACUACGCUCCUGCCUCUGCCUCUGUUCUACGGGGUGAGGAGUUCAACGGUGCCGAAGCCGUGUGUAGGCUGGAGCAGUGGCUCAUUAGGAACCACGGGUACCAGGCGCAGUAUGCGGUGUCUGAGCUGAGCGAGGACUUCUGGAGAAUGUUUGAUCCCUCUCACUACGAGCACUGCCGCCGCAAGUACGGCGCUGUAGGGACCUUCAUGAGCGCCCACUACAAGUCCAAGAAAGGCAGAAAGAGCGAGGAGGAGGUGCUCGAAGCUGAAGCUGCCAUCCUAGAAGCUGCUGAUGCUGAUGCGGAGUGA